AUGUCGCUGCUACGUGUGCCGCUUGCCCUCACUUCGGUUGUGGCACUCCAUACCUCUUUCAGCAAUCCUAACAAAUCGGUAUCCAAUGAAGAAGUCACAAAGUACGCGAAUGCCGAAGCCCCAGCGUGGCUUUUCGUACCUGUAUCGUGGAAGGUCUACGCAUGGACAAGCUUGAUAGGCGAGACAGCGGUUGUCGCGUCCAGCCACCUGCCGCCUAGUCCCGUGAAGGACCUCAUCCUCAGGACUCUAGUGCCGCGACCAUCGUGGGCUAUAUCGGCGAUCCAAGUCACGCCUACGUUCCUAGCAGGAUGUCUGUUGACGGUGGCUGGGUCGUACCUGCGCCUCAGCUGUUUCCGGACUCUGGGGGGCCUCUUCACCUUUCACUUGAGCAUUCGCGAGGAGCAUAAGCUCGUCACAAGCGGCCCGUACGCAUACGUUCGCCACCCGGCGUACACUGGAGGCGUAAUGGCAGCCGUGGGAACCGUGGUGUGUUUCCUCGGCGAGGGAUCAUGGCUGCGCGAAUGUGGCUGGCUUGAUGGUACGGGCGGGAAAGCAGUGGUGGGCGUAGCCGCAAGCUUGCUUGCUCUGACCGGUGUCUUCGUGACGCGCAGGAGCAUCAUGGAGGAUCGUAAGUUGAGGCAGGCGUUCGGGGAACAGUGGGAUAGCUGGGCGAGCAACGUUCCAUAUAGGUUCAUACCCUACAUCAUCUAG